AAACAAACCCUCACUGGUGCUGAGAGUUUCCUUAUUCUGCUCACCUUUUCUUCUUCCUGGUUGUGACGCAGAUAAGUUUUUACCAAGUGAGCUUCAUUUGAAGAUGAAGGUAGAACCUGUGGGUCAGCUGUUGUGAACUGAACAGAAUGGCGGAGGGCUCGAGGAGAAAGGCUGCAGUCCAUCCAACUGAUAUGAACUUCAGAGACAAGAGGGAAUAUUCAUCACCAACACCAGAAUCUGAUGCAGAAUCUGGUUACAGCAGUCAGUCCUUCCGGAGUGACAGGUCAAAAGAUUUUAAUAUGGAACUUAGACCAGACCGACCGUCAGAUGUUGAGAGGCUCUCAGAAGAAUCAGACUCUUUUGUAUCUGAACUCAGCAAUUUGUUCAAGAGUAACAGGUUCAUGAGAAACAAAGGUAACAGCUGGAACCUUCCUGAUGAUCGAACAGGCAGAGUGGACCCUCAAGGAUCAGACUGUUCUUCUGAGUAUAGCGAUGCGUCUUUUAGGAGCAACAAGUCUAAAGACGCUGACCGUGACUUUAAUAGUCACCCUCCAUUUACACCUGAGAGUUUUAGAAAAAUGUAUGAGGAGUUCCUACAAAGCCAACAGGAGGUGGCACGCCAAAACGAGGUUAUACGCCAACGGAAAGAUUUAAUACGUAGGCGGGAAGAUUUAAUUCGCCAACAGGAAGUCAUACGCCAGCAGGAAGAUUUAUUAAGCCAGCAGGAAGAUGUAUUACGCCAACGGGAGGAUUCCCUACGCCAGCAGGCAGUUCAGCAGGAGAACCAGGAGGCCCAGUGGAAGAUACGGAUCCAUGAGAAGGAAGUUGCUCAAGAAAAGCAUAAACUGAGAUCUCUGAGAGACACAGACAAGGAAACUGAAGCUCUCAAACGAAUAUCAGCAUUUAAAGAAAAGCAAAUGGAGACUGAAGCCUUGCUGCAAAGAGUUCGUGAGAUGGAAGCACAACUUCAAAAAUCAAGAUCUGCUCUGACAAAAAAGGAAGAUGAACAUGAAAAACUGAAUCAAAGAAUUACGACCCUUGAAGACAUUGAACAAAAGGAAUAUGACUAUAUGGGAGCUGCUUUGAAAAAUGUGCAAGAAAACGUAAAAUACCUCCAACAAUGCAUUAAUCAGGUGAAAGACUUUCAACGCCAUCACCAGCUUGUGAUGAGCCCUGAUCUGGUACAGGCAGAAGGAAUGUUCACAUCAAUAUGGCAAAGAAUCCAAAGGAUCGCUGGUUUUCAUCAAAGUCAACAUGCAGAGACACGUUCUGCUCUCCAGCAAGAGAGGGAAAGCCUGAAAUUUCUGUGGGAAAGUUCAUCCUUCCAGAACACGGCCGAGGCCACAGAGGAAAGAAACAAUUCACAAUCAACAGAAAGAAACCAGCAGCAGAACCGGAACCAGUCGAAGACAUCAAUCAUCAGCCAUUUCUUCAGCCGACAGAAAACAGCUACAAACACUGAAACACAGGAACAGAAAUCUGAUCUGAAAAUGGAAGAGGAGAAACAUUUACAAAGAAUUUACAUGAUAGAAAACCAUCAACAAGAGCGACAUCAACAAAUAAGAGAUGAUUUAAAUCAAGUUGGAAAAGAAAUGACAGAACUCCAACUCAGAAUUCAUCAUAUUGAAACCACUCAACGUUUUGAAAUAAGAAUGAAAGAGAUGGCCGGAGAACUUCAAGCCACUAGGUCUAAUCUAAAAGAAAAAGAAGAAGAACUAACAUUUUUCAAAGACAGACAAAGUGAGAUGGAUAAAGAACUUCAAACCACCAGGUCUGUUCUAAAUAAAAAAGAGGAAGAACUGAAAUCUUUCAAAGACAGAGUGGCAUUGGAAGUUGCUCCCUCAAUAAAAACAGGAAACACUAUGAGCCUCAACAGCCCAGUCAGUAAAAACAGAAUAAGAGAAAUGUAUGAAACUCUGAGAUGUGACUGGCCAAAAAUCAAAGAAGAUUUGAAGUUAGCUGGGGAAAAACCAGAUUCUGUCCAAAAAAUGAUUCAGAAACAGUUCACCUUGUCAAGAACAGACAUGGAAGAAAAGAAUGUGAUGAUAUCAAAUUUCUUUGAGUUGAAUAAGUCCAAACAUGGAACAGAAUCUCCAGAGGUUAAAGAAUACUUGCUGUUAGCAAUUCAGAAUCUGCAGCUGGCGAUCUACAAUCAGAAAUAUGGCAACGGUUCACAGAAACCCUUAUCUGCACACGAAGUCACAAACCAUAAAGAUAUGAUGGAGUAUUUGAGCUCUGAAUGCUACUGGCUUGGAUGUCUGAUGGCUCUGAAUAAUCCUCCCAUUAAUCCGGACUGGGAGAAUCACGCUGAGUCAAUGGACAAAUGGGACAUUCUCCCCCGAAAUAUUACAGCUGCUUCUGUAAAGAAGUGAGAGAAAAAAAAUCAUGUUCUGUCAGCAUCUUUGGGAUUUCCUCAUAAACCGUAUAAAUCUUUUUAACUGAACUCUAAAAUUGUAUGAGAUUUACAUGUUUUUCUUUUUUGUGGGAAAUAUUUAAUUAGGCAGUAAAAAACAUAAAUUUGACUUUCUGGAACUGAAAUGAAGAAAAUAAACUUUCAGUUAGUAAUCUGUGAAGUCAAUUGUUACUUUUUGGUUAAUUAAGGGCCAUUUACAGUUACAGUAUAAAGUAUCACUAGUUUUAUCUCUGUCAGAGUUUACUAUAAACUUUGGUAAAGUUUGAAAAUGUUUCAAUUUAUAUCAAUAUUUUAUGCAUUUAAAAUGUCCUAAAUUGGACCAGGUUCAAAGAAGGAUACCAUUUCACAACUUGAUUAAAGUAUAUUAGGGUUUUAAAAAAUGUGAAGUAGCAUUUUUUAUUCUUGAUCUUAUGUUUUCGUAAUAAAAGUGGGUCAGAAAUAUAACAUUUUAUUUAAACAAAGAUUUUAAAGACGACUAAUAACAUGCACUGUAUAGAUCAGAAUUGUAUUUACCAAAUAUUUACAUAUUUAUUAUUGCCUGUUUUACUUUUAGUAGAUGAUUUCUUCAUUGGAUCCAUGUGAAUAAAUGUAUUAUCUAUAAACAAACAUGAA